AUGAAUAACAGUACUUUAAACUUUACCACACUUGAAGCAAACACAAAUCACCUUUCGCUUUUGGACAGUGGUGAAAUAAGUCUCUCAUGCAUCAGCAUCCUGUUUGGUUUUCCUAUUCACUCCUAUGUUUUAUGGCUCAUCGUCAGAGGAGCAGAGAGUGGAGUUGCAUCAGAAUUCUUCAUCCUCAAUCUGUCUGUUUGUGAGAUUGGUAACAGCCUCAAUGCAUUGUUUAACCUCCUGAUAGAUUUCUUUUCACAAUUUACAUUAAUAGCAUAUUUUUUGCAAGGAUUUGCUGUCACUGGCCGUCCUCUGUUUCAGUGUCUGAUGUGUGUAGAGCGUUACCUGGCAGUGGUUCAUCCUGUAACCUUUCUGAAGUACAAACCUCUCAGAUAUAGAGUGAUCUGCUGCGCUGUGGCCUGGAUUAUCACUCUUGGAUCCUGUUUAUUCUGCAUGUUUACUUUCGAAUCUGGCUUGCUGUCAUAUAUUUGGUUCUUCUCAACGCAGUUUUUCCUCUUCAUCUUCAUCCAGUUGUUUUGUCUCGUGGCUGUUCUCAGAGCUCUGAAGCAGUCAGAACCGGGAGAGAGAAAGAGGAAGAAAGAGGAAAACCACAUGAAGAGAAGAGCGUUUUAUAUCAUUCUAAUAACAACAAUAAACAUUACUGUACUGUAUGUGCCAUUUAGUGUUACAGGAUUCUUUGUCAUUGUAACUCAACAGUAUACUUUUGAUGGUUGGUUUCCUGCUUCUGUCUGUUAUGCGCUAGCUGGUUUUGUGCAGCCUGUUCUUUAUUUACAACGAGCUGGAAAACUCUCAUGCCCCACCUUAGGACAAAUAUUGAAGUAA